ACUUGAAAUGGCUUUAAAAAAAUUGAUUUUGAUUCGAUUUGCACUAGCGCUGGUAAAAUUGAAAAGGCAAUCCAAAGUUUUUUAAUAAUAUUUAAACAAACUAGGUACAUGUGGUUCAGGAACAUAUCGUAAAGAAAAAGCGGACCUUCAAAUAUUUCAACGGUGCGUUAAGCUCAGAGGUCCAGUGGUGCAAAGCUCUAGCACCUGGUUGUACGUCACCCAUUCGAUAAGCAAAAGAAGAAUAAUCCUUAAAGACUUUUCAGUGUUUUCACGUCCUUUUGACAUAUCGACCUAUCUGUUCUCUUAGUCUUUGGCACAAUAUUUAAAGGGUGAUAUGAACACAGAUCAGUAACUCCGUCCAUGGACGUUUGCCAAGUGUGUUGCAGUAUAACACAGUGUCAAACUAACAUUGGAAGAAGGAACUCGUUAUAGUGAAGACAUUUCGCGAGAUUCUUUUGUUUUUCACUUCAUCGUUGCGCUGCAUCGUUGAAAUUCCUUCCAAUAUUUUGAACAUUGAGAAAGAAUAUUUUCUAGUCUUGUAUUUGAAUUGUAUAACGAUGUUAUACGGUAAACAUGUUGAUGUUGACUAAAUAGAAUUCACAAGUGCUUGUGUUUCGAAGUAUUUGUUAGUUUGUAGUUUUGGAAAACGAUAAUUACUAGUAUCAAAAUGAGUAGUUCACGUUGUUGGCUGUUCUUCAAAGAGAGCUGUGUGGACCACUGUUGCUUUUGCUUAAGCCCAAGGACAGGAUGCUUGGUCAUUGGAUACUUUCACCUAAUUUGCAUCAUCGCAGCCAUGAUAUACGCACUACUACCCUUUUACGUUAUGUAUUUCACUAAUUUUACUAAAGAAGUAUCCGCAGAAGACGCCUCCAUGUUUUUCUUUUCCAUUUAUUCAACGUACGGCAUAAAGAUGAUACUGUAUUCAGUAUAUUUGAUAUUCACCAUCAUCUUGCUCAGAGGACUACAUCAGAACAAAUCUGUUCUUGUGGAUGCCUUCAUAAUUUUCAUCUACAUGGUGUUUGCUCUGCAUAUGGUCUACUUUAUAUUUUGUUUUGCAAUGCAUCUAGGGAUGAUCUUGAUUGAAGCAUGUGAUUUGAUUUUUUUGGCUGUCAGUUUUUACUUUGUCCUGGUGCUACAAUGUUAUCACUCGAAGAUGAAACAAGAAGAAGCUGGUACUGUGACAUAUACUCCUGAUACGGUGCCUUUAGAUUCACCCCAAGAUGUGUAAAAAAGAUCAAAUAGAAAAAAAGGUUUGAAACGCUACUUCGAUUAUCGCUACUUCAAUUUUGUUAGCAUUCGAAAAGUUUUAAAGAGAUGAGUGGAGAUUACGAGAAAAAAGCAAGGUGAAAAGACAAAUUGACGAUGCCAAAAUAUUUCUUCUACUUCAUAAUGAUGUUUAAGGUUUACAUUCAAAAACUAGUCAAAAUGUAUUUUUUAAGAUCGACGUUCUUGGCUUACAAAGAAAGAAUAAAGGACUGAGUCAAGAAGAAAUACCUAUUGAUAAACAAAUACGAUACUUAAAAUAUUUACCAAGUUAUGAAUAAAACUAUUUGUUAAUCGACAC